UGGAGGAAGUGAAUUCACAUUUUUUGUUUAGAUUUCCCCCUAGUCAUCGUUGCCUUCACUUUACCACUAUCACAUCCAGCCGUAACAUAUACACCUGUCCGUUACCAGAUCUCUUUUAACUCUGCAGAAAUGCCUUUGGAGAACCUGGAGGAAGAGGGUUUACCUAAAAACCCCAAUCUCAGGAUAGCUCAGCUGAAGUUUCUACUGACUCUCGAUGAUCACAGGCAUGAUGCUAAAGUGAAAAGCGAGCUGAUGGAUGCCAUCAAACAAAACAACAUGGCCCCGUACUAUGAAGCCCUAUGCAAAGAGCUGAAAUGGCAGGUGGACACGGAUCUGUUGAGUAAAAUGAAGAAAGCCAAUGAGGAGGAAUUGAAACGACUUGAUGAUGUUCUGGAAGAUGCUGAGAAGAGCCUCGGAGAAAGUGAGAUCAGAGAUGCCAUGAUGGCCAAAGCUGAAUAUCUCAUACGCAUUGGUGAUAAGGAAGGAGCCCUGACUGCCUUCAGGAAGACUUAUGACAAGACCGUUGCCCUUGGGCAUCGCUUGGAUAUUGUCUUUUACCUGCUGAGGAUUGGCCUGUUUUACAUGGACAAUGACCUCAUCACCCGGAACACUGAGAAAGCCAAAAGUCUGAUCGAGGAAGGCGGAGACUGGGACAGAAGGAAUCGCCUGAAGGUGUAUCAGGGUCUUUACUGUGUGGCCAUCCGUGAUUUCAAGCAGGCAGCAGAGCUUUUUCUGGAUACCGUCUCCACAUUUACCUCUUAUGAGCUUAUGGACUACAAGACGUUUGUUACAUACACUGUGUAUGUGUGUAUGAUAGCACUCAAGCGGCCGGACCUGAGAGAGAAGGUGAUUAAAGGUGCUGAGAUCCUAGAGGUGUUGCACAGUUUACCUUCCGUCCGUCAGUAUCUCUUCUCUCUGUACGAGUGCCGUUAUUCUGUAUUUUUUCAGUCGUUGGCUCGAGUAGAACAGGAGAUGAAGCAGGACUGGUUGUUCGCGCCUCACUACCGUUACUAUGUUCGUGAGAUGCGCAUCCUUGCCUAUAGCCAGCUGCUGGAAUCCUACCGAUCCCUCACACUGGGAUAUAUGGCAGAGGCUUUUGGAGUCAGCACAGAAUUCAUCGACCAGGAACUCUCACGAUUCAUCGCUGCAGGCCGCCUACAUUGCAAGAUCGACAAAGUCAAUGAAAUCGUGGAAACCAACAGACCUGAUAGUAAGAACUGGCAGUACCAGGAAACCAUAAAGAAGGGAGAUCUCCUGCUGAACAGAGUGCAGAAGCUGUCUAGAGUGAUCAACAUGUAGUCCAGUCUGUGCUGACGUUUGUUCAAUCUCAGUAUCUUUUCUGGAAAGCAACUUGACUUUUGUUUUAUGUACAGUAUAUAAUAAAACUGAAAGAAAACUG